CGCAGUUAUUACUGCAGAAACUAAAGAUUUCUGCCAGUGCUGCUAUCAAUCCACUGUUGGAAUAUCAAUAUUAUUGUUCAUUGAGUCUACUGCAAACCAAGAUUGACACUAUCUGUCAUCAUGCCUUCCCAUACUGCAAAGCAGCAACAUACGGCAGUCCAUCAGCACACAUCUGCUACGGGUAGUACUGGAUCUAAUACUACUGAAUCAUCACAGGCAAUACCAUCCAAGAUUAGCUAUGCUCAGACUGCCAAAAAACCAUCAACCGCAGUGUCUGAUGUGAAUGAUAAAAAAGACACUGGCACGACUGCAGCUGUGCCUACUGCUGUCAGUGGACAAUCACACGCCGGAUUUCAUGUCGGAUCUGGAAGAGGGACUCGUGGUAAGCAUCAGCACAACAAUACCAAUCGUCAUCACCAUCACAACCAGCAGAAUCAUACUGCACCUGUAACAUCGUCUACAUAUGCACCAUCACAUUCUGUACCCAAUCCAAUGACACAAUCUCUGUCUGAUGCACCGCAAAAUGCUGCAUCUACACAUGUCAAGCAGCUGCCAAAAAAACCAACAGCUGCAUCGGUUUCUACUCAUCAGAUUCCAUCUACAGCCUCAACUACCCACCUCACAUUUGGAACUGUACCGCUUGCCGUCAUAUCAACGAUCCCAUCCAAAACUGGUUGCGUUUCAUUUGCAUCUAUAGCUCGUUCAGGAUCUAGUUUAAUGGCUGAACCUGGCAUUCAGAAAUCAAAAAAGGCACCCACUGGAAGUGUGUCUGCAUCUCGCACCGUGUCAUCUGGCUCCUCUGUGCCUCGUAAACCACAAACUAGUGAGGCUUUUUCAGCAGCCGGAUCAAC